GGGCAGGGCGGAGAGGGGCAGGGCAGGGCGGAGCGGAGCCGGGCGGGCCGCAGCGAGCUCCCGCCCCGCCGCUAUAAGCGGGAGGCGGCGGCGGCGGGCGCGGGUCCCGCGGCGGCGAUGGCGCUGCGCUGCCUCCUGCUGCUGCUCUGCGGAGCCGCGCUGGGACCCGCCGUGCACCUCGACUUCGCCGAGCACCGCAGCCAGGCCGCCAAGAUCAAGGUCAACCCCCGCGGCAACCUCUGGGCCACAGGUCACUUCAUGGGGAAGAAGAGCGUCACAGGCUCCCCACACCUGGAGACUCCGGAGCAGCCUGCUGUGCCAAUGGUCUUCGGUCCCUCUCUGCGAGCCUUGCUGGAGGACAUGAUGGAACUGCUGACCCGGGAGCUCCUGAAAAUCCUCUUGCAAGAAAGGCUAUUGGAUGAGAACCAAGGGAAAUACGACCUCAGUGACCAGGAGACAGGGCUUUUAACGAAGGUGCUGGAGAAGUACUUUUCAAACUGAAGAGAUGCAGCUGGGGAGGACGAGGUCUGCAAGGUCGGCUGCGUGAGGUGAAGGGAGGAGAGCAUCGUCCUUGUGGGUUUCUAUAGCUACAUCACUUUUAUUUAUUCUUUCUGAGGUAUUGUUAAUAGUGAUGGCGUGUGUGAAAAGCGGAGCCUAGCGCUCCACCCCUGCCCAAUCCUGUAUAGCUCCUGUAUGUUUUGUGUUUUCUCUACGUCUGAUGUGCCAUUGUGAAUAAAACUGGCUCUUUGCA